GGGGCACACAACCUCUGACUGCCACCCAGAGCUGCUGUGGCCACUGCCUCUCUCUGCAGGAGCAGCUCCUCACAAAGCCUGAACGAUGUGUAACCGAUUUGUGGGAACCUGGAAACUCAUCUCCAGCGAAAACUUUGAUGACUAUAUGAAAGAAUUGGGAGUGGGCUUAGCUGCCCGGAAACUAGGCGGCCUGGCAAGGCCUGAUGUGAUCAUCAGUAUGAAAGGGGACAUAGUGACCAUCAGAACUGAAAGCACCUUCAAAAACACAGCCAUCUCGUUCAAACUGGGCCAGCAGUUUGAUGAAACAACAGCAGAUGACCGGAAAGUCAAGAGUGUUGUAACCUUGGAGAAAGGGUCAUUGGUGCAAGUGCAGAAGUGGAAUGGCAAAGAGACCACGAUAAAGAGAAGACUUGUUGACGGGAAGAUGGUGGUGGAAUAUGCCAUGAAAGGGGUUGUCUGCACCAGAGUUUAUGAAAGAGUGUGAAGAUGUUCCCUCUCUGCACCGGACCAGAAUUGGCUCUAAAACCUCAGCUUAGUUCAGUGACCAAAGCCUCAUGCACUGUGCUUCUUUAUUUUAUUUUAUUUUAUUUCCUUUUAUCAGGAAAAUGACUACACCAUAAUUUGGUAUUUCAGAGCCAUAGUGUAACUAAUCCAAAAUGUUGUGGUGAUCCAAUAAAAGCUUCUCAACACAGAAAA